CUGGGAUGUACUGGGAUGAGCUGGGAUGAGCUGGGGGGCCAUGCUGGGGUGGGUUGGGACGUACUGGGAUGUACUGGGCUGCAUUGGGGUGUACUGGGAUGUACUGGGGUAUAUUGGAGUAUACUGGGGUAUACUGGGACGUAUUGGAGUAUACUGGGAUAUACUGUGAAAGGGAAAUCCCACGGCACCGGCGCCAAAUCAAGGCUGGACAAAUCCCGGGAGCCCAGCCGAGCACAGGGCCGACAGUCCAAGAAGCCGUCCCACAAAACCCAUCGCCCCACGCCGUCCCCGGACGCGGUGUCCCCGCCGCCGGAGCCCCUGGACGUGGGGUCCAUCCUGGAGGAUCUCCUGGACCGGGUGCUGGCCGAGCACGUGGUGGCCACGGCGGCGCGGCAGCGGGUCCCCUUCGCGGUGGCGCGGGCGCGGGACGCCGUCCUGUUUGUCACCGAGUGGGAGUUCCUGGUGCGGGACGAGGGGGACCCGGACUGCGAGGGGGACUCGGACCCCGAACGAGACGGAGUGUGGGGAGAGGACGAGGAGCCGCAAAGAUGCCCCUGCGACUGCUGGGUGCUGUGCGACGAGGACUGUCUGUCCCUGGAAAAGGGCCCGUCCGAGGAGCUCCCCGCGGCAGCCGAGGCUGGAGCUCCGCUCGAGGGUCCCGGAGAUGUCUCCGACGCUGUCCCCGUCCUGGCUGUCCCUCUGUCCCCAGACCAGGGCCCGUCCGAGGAUCUCGUUGUGACAGCCAAGGCUGGAGCUCCGCUCGUGUGUCCCAGCGAGGUUCCCGACGCUGUCCCCGUCCUGGCUGUCCCUCUGCCCCCGGACCAGGUCCCGGCUGCAGCAGCCGCAGCUUCUCCCGCUCAGGUUCUCGGCGCUGACACCGUGCCCGUGCCAGGGCCAGCCCUCCGGGAGCCGCCCAUCGCUCCCCAGCCCCCGGAGAGGGGUCGCCAGCUCUCUCGGGCCCCCGGGAGGGGCAGCAUCCCCGCCCAGACCCCCAGGAGGGGGAGCCGACCCUCCCGGCCCCCGGCGCCCCGGCCGGCCCCGCCGGACGCUCCCCGAGCCCGGUCUCCGCUCCCGUCCGCGCCCUCGGAAGCCCCGGCGCAGGCAGGGCAGGAGGGCACGGCGAAGCUCGGCCACCAAGUGCCACCUCCGCCAUCCUCCCCCUGCCCCGGCGCGGCCCCGGUGCAGCCGCGCAGAGCCUCCCGCGGCACCGGGCUGCCCCGGCUGGCCGCCCGCCGCCUCGCCGCCCGCUGGGUGCUGCCCGAGGUGAGGGUGAAGGACGUGACCGGCGACCCCGAGCGGGCGCGCUCGGAAGCGUCGCGGUCCCGGCUGGUCCCCUCGGGGUUCCUGCAGGUGCUCCCGGGCCCGGGGCGGGCCCGCAGGGCCGCGGUGCAGCUCUGUGACCCGUGGCUGGCCUCGGCUCGGCUGGCGCCCGGUGUCACCGUGCGCUGGGGCCGCAGCGAGCGGCGCGGGCCGCCCCCGCCGGGGCACGGCGAGGACCUGCAGGAUGAGGAGGCGCUGAGGAGGGCGGAGCAGGAGCUGAAGCCCAUCCUGGCCUACCCCGUGUGCCGGCUCUCGGACUACGGGGAAUGAGAGGAGCAGCUGGAAACCCCCGGGAAUGCGGCAGCUCCCGGUGCUGCCCCAGCUCCGGGUGACCCCCGGCCCUUGAGAGCUCCGGGGCACGGCGCCCCCGGAGCUCGGAGCCCUUUGAAAAGAACAGAAGGAAAUAAAAACCCCUUAAAUGA